CCCGAGACCGAGAGUCGCCCGUCAACUUUUUUAUUAUUAUUUCUAUUUCCAUCUUUCCGGGAUCUGGCCCAUCGAUGCCGACUGUCUGUCACACGUACAUAUAGUAGGGCCGAUGAAAAAGAGCAAAGACGGGGGAGAAAACGAAAAAGAAACGAGCCCAUAUGUAUUAUGACGUGGAAACAUCAUCCCCCUCCCCCAAGCACCCCCUGAUCGACCAGCUGGAUCGGACGCCAAGUUGCCCAUCACACGCGAGAAAGCUUUCUGUCCCCCCGACGCCUAAUCCCUUGCUUCACCGGUACUCGCCGUCGUCUGCCCUGACCUUUCGGACCUUUUAUCUAGCCCUGUUUCUCAUCCCAGCCGCGCUCUAUGGCCUCGUCUUGAUCACACUCUUUUCUGUUCCCCCCUGGAGAAAGUUGAAGAGCCUCAAAGCCUCGAAUCCGAACGGCAACGUGCGCCGCGAUGCCCGACCCCUGGUUCGCAUCGCCCAGAUCGCCAUCCCAUACCAAAAGACCGACCGGGGUGACCCCACUCUCCCCGUCACGUUCACCCUUUUGGCCUUUUGCCCCGCCUGCGAACAGCUUUAA